AGUACGUUUAUUGCAAUGCUGGCGCUAAUAGUGCUUCUCGCGCUGCUACAGCUGGGCUUAGGUCAGAGUCCGGUCAAGGACGCGGCCAAGAGCCAGGAUGUAGCCGCAGAAUUUCCCGGCCUGGACAAGAUUGUGCUGCCGCCGGCAGUGCAAGGCCGUGUGGUUGGUGGCGAAGCCACAACGAUUGAAAAGUUGGGCGGCUACCUUGUGGCAUUGCGUUAUCAGGGCGAAUUCGUUUGCGGUGGCACUUUGAUCGAGGAUCGCAUUGUUAUAUCGGCAGCUCAUUGCUUUUUGGGUCGCACCAAGAAGUAUCUGUGGGAGGUAUCGGGCGGCAUCUCCAGGCUGAAUGAGAACGGCAUAAAGGGCGAGAUACUUGACUAUGUAGUGCCUCAAGUCUUUAAGGAGGAGACCAUGAACAUGGAUGUAGCCGUGCUGUUGCUAUUGAGGCCAUUGAAGGGACCAAAUAUAUCCAAAAUUGGUCUGUGCUCCAGGAAACUACUUGAGGGUCUGCAACUAACCGUAUCCGGUUGGGGUCUAUCUGAUCCUCAAGCAUCCAAUCCACACCAGAAUGUCCGCACCGUCAGGGUGCCCGUCCUCAAGAAGAGUCAGUGCAAGCAUGUCUACAAAAGUGCAAUGCCCAUAACCGAUAGCAUGCUCUGUGCGGGCGUAUUGGGUCAGAAGGAUGCGUGCACAUUCGAUUCGGGCGGUCCGAUUGUCUACCAGGAGGAUAACCAGAAUGAGCUUUGCGGCAUUGUGUCCUUUGGUAUAGGCUGUGCCUCUGCCAAAUAUCCGGGCGUCUAUACGGAUGUCAACUAUGUGAAACCAUUCAUUGAAAACUCUAUGAAACAGUUUGGUAUCAAGCAUUAAUAAAAUAUUUUCCAAAUUAUUUGAAAGUAAUAAA